CCCCCGCAGACACCCCAGUAGUACUCGUGGCGCUCCGUUUCCCGUGGGGUGAAACUACGUCGGUAACGUGGAGUGCCUGGCGUUCACUCAAACCCCCCAGAACUGAGCCUCUACUUUAGUCUAUCCUCUUUGGACAGUAUAUUGACCCCACCGUUCACCAUAACCUGUCAAUAAAACAAAUUUUGAAGGUUAGGUUUCCCGGUACCCUUAGUAGUCCAACAAUCACAUAGCAAUAAGAAAAUGUGUAAUCGAGAUCCAGUGGAUUGUCACUACUUGCUGAACAAUUUAAAAAAAUUACGUGUAAAAAAACACUCUGGCGAGUUAGAUGACGAAGAGAGUCUCUCUCUCCAAGAAACCAAAUGGAGAAACCACCUGGACUAUCAUUUCAUUUCCUCCUGCCUUCAAAGUGUCAAUGAAGACAUGCGAUUGGAGGUCCUGGGACUGCUUGUCGAGUCGAAAAAGAGCACUCUAGUCUUCAACGAAAGAGAAUUAAAUUUCAUCCUAGAAUUUCUGACGUUUAAUCUUGGUGAGAGAUUGGAGUUUGUCCCACUGAUUAAAAAAUGCUUCAAACGUAUGAAAGAGAGUCUGGCAGUGUUGAAACGACAAACAACCCAAGUGGAGAAAAUAGAAUCAUGCAGGCAUGAGGUACGUGACAAUCUCCAAUUAUAUGAACAAUUAAAGAAGGAGUACCAAGAGGCAGCUACAAGUUCAUUAACCUCAAUCACCAGCUAUCGCACAUUCUUCAGUAAAAUCCGGGAAAUAUGUCUGAAUGGUAUCUGCCCAGGUUCCACUCACACACGAAAGAAAAAUAGCCUGCGAAUACUCCAGUUACAGGAAGAUUUCCUGUCUCCUGAUUUCCAAGAAUCUACUUGGAGCUCUGAUCAAGCCGAAAAGCUCCUGCGAUGUAUGUUGUUAGACACAUACGAAGUUAAUAAAGAGGUUGCUUUCAGGAUAAUAACGAACAUAAGUCCCUAUCUACUGAAAUUAGACAAUGAGGAGAUAGUCGAUGAAAUAAUAAACGUAGCACUGAGAUUGGGGAACAGUAUACGACCCAUUGACAGCAUAACAGCUGGCUACAUGCUCAAAGUCUGUCUUUUAUCACCGGUUAUUAAGAAUGUCUUGUCAAAACACUUGAAAAUUGAUGCAGAUAUUUGCGAUGUCGAUGAUAUCACGUUGUGGCUAAUUAUUGUUAUAAUGAAGCAGUUGAGAGAGCCAGCGAGACUGGCUAGUGAAAAUAUAAUCAUGGCAGCUGCCAAACAUUCUCUAUACGGCUAUUUAUUUUGCAUUAAAUUAUUGCUAUCCAGCUGUGAUCUCCGGAGUAAACACGAUCACUCAUUGUGGCAAAGAACUGUUGGUGAUUUAAUCGAUCUAUGCUUGAGUCUGAAUAAGUCUGUAUCGCAAAUUGUUAAUAACUCUUCACCUGAAGGCCAUUUUCCAAUGGAUCUAGAUGAUAAACACGUGAAUGGAGAUCUUGAUGAUAUGGAGGUCGCUGUGACACCUCAGAUGGUAUUGUUAUGCUCUUGGAGGACUGUUAAAGAAGUCAGUCUGUUAUUCGGAUAUCUCAGUGAGAAAUCUCCAAUUGAAGAAGGGGGGAGAAUGGGGCUGCUCUCGAUGGAGCAGAUCGUGGAGAUUGGAGACCACUUGGUGACGCUUCUAUGUGAGACCAAGCAUCGAGGGGCUUUUGAACAGGCACACGUGGGUUUCGAACAAUUGUGCAAGAGACUGUGGAGGGCUGAGGAGGAGAAGCUCAAACAGUUGCCAAAAUUAUGGCUCUAUCAGGUCUUGUUGGAUAUUACUGGGCUGUCCUCCGGGAAUUCCAAGCUUUGUGCUACCAGGAGGAGUGCUGGAGUGCCAUUCAUGGUUCAGGCAUUAAUCGCGUCAGCCCCAUCAGUUUCCAAAAAAUGUGACGCCCUGGUAUUUCACUCCGUAAUGAGAAUCCUACUGGGACUAACUCAAUUCACAGAGGAACAUCAAUUAUCAGGCGCAAAGGAUCUUCUAGAGAAAGAGGACUUCUUCAACGGCAUACGGAAUCCCACCACCUCCCUCAACUCGACUCACUCCAUCACAAUGACAGAAGUUAAAACUCACGCCCUGAACAUCCUCCGAGCCUUAUUCAAGCACGCACAACUUGGCGAAUUGACUCGGGCCUACGCAGCCGACGGUUUGAUCGCCGCAAUCAAGAGUUACGACGAGAAAACUUGGGCAGAGCGUAAUGCCGCAACUCUACUCUUCAGUUCCCUAAUAACCCGAAUCUUCGGAGUCCAGAGGACAAAAGACCACGUAAACCUGACAGUACACAACAAAAUGACUGGAAGAAUAUUCUUCGAAAAAUAUCCAAAACUCCUCUCCUUUAUGCUUCACGAGUUGAGAGUGUUUAUCGAGGCCAAUGAUGGCCUGAUUAAACCUAGUGUUCAAUCGAUUCUCCUUCUAUUGUCACGACUCUACCUCAGUUACAAUUCCGAUAGUGGCGAUGUCAAUUGGAGAAUCGAUGAAUUCAUGUCUCUAGUCUCGGGCUGUGCCAAAAGUCGAGUUUACAAUACUCGUGAACUAGCUGCUAGGGCUUUAGUUCCUCUAUUGACUGGGAAAACAGUAGGAGCAUUCGUCAAUAGUUUAUUCGAGGUGGUGAUCAAUGGACUUGGGGUGAAUGUAAAUCUGAAUCUUCUACAUGGCUACAUGCUGCAAAUUCUAGAGAUCACGAAGAGCUCUUUGUUGACAGCCCCUGAGGCGCCAAAACUGGAGGCCCAGGAAUUCAUCAAAGGGUCUGAGUGGAUUCUUCAACAGCUUGAAAUCAGUAAUGACAGACCUGCUGCCUUUCCUCUGGCAACAGAACUCGUUAAUGUUUUUUGUGAGCUACUGAAAAUCAAUGGAGCAAGAGAGACUUCAGGUUUUGAUGGGAUUCAUCGACGAUUGUUGGCACACAUUAAUGGAGAGAAUUCUCUCAAAGAUCGCCCAGGGCGAGAGGUUUAUGAAACUGCUGCUGUGAAUUUUCUCAUCAGUCUGUUAGGGUCCAAAUGGGAGAGGUGUCAAACACUGGGAGAUGAUGAAUACUUGAGGUGUUGGGGUUCAAUGUUGUCGCAUGCUAAUUAUCAGGUUCAAAUUAUCGCAUGGGAAAGGGUCAUUGAGGCCAUUCCGAUUAACUCCGGAAAAGAAUUUUGCUUGACAACUGUGAGACUUGCUCUGGAGAGCGUGAACAGUGUGAGGAACAAUCCGGAUUUACAAAGUGUUAUUUUCGAAUUUUUAUAUGAAGUAUUUAUCAGAAGUGAAGGGGAACUUGAGAGUUUUUAUAUUGAUGACGACAAUCUUUUAGACAUUAGUGAGACAGUUUUAAGGAUUUUCCAAGGAAAGAGGCUCCUGGACAAUGCGAGUUUUUUUAGACUUUUGGGAAAAAGUUUCGGAAGAUUGAUUAGGAGCUCUAGGAGUGAGUCUCAGUUAAUUCUGGACAGUGAGAGUGCAGUUUACUAUGAAUUUCGUGAGCACUCGUGGAUGGGCUCAGUUGGAAACGACUGCAGGAUAGCUAUCGCCACGGUUAUUCAUGAUAUUUAUACUGAUAGCAGUGAAAACGAGAGAAAAUGUAUCAAUUAUGAGAGUACUUUGAACUGGUGGACGACUCUGCUUAAUUUAUUAGUGGACGAUAACAAUCAAGUAAGAAAGUUAGCGUCAAUAGCGCUAUCAAAGGUACCUCUGGAGUCGGAGGUGAAGUGCGACUCACACUCUUUGAAAUUAUUCUUCGAUAAAUUUUCAAAAAUUUGGACUGACGAAGGAGAACUGCUCUUUGCCGCAUAUUUUGUUUGGAGUUUAGCCCUUGCAGAGGGGGAUUAUGAGAUGGAUGAUAGUGAUGUAUUCAACAAAUGUUACAAUUACGAGGCUUUCGAACCCCUGCGCAUAUCCAGCCUCUGUGAAGAAUAUCUGAAUACCCUAUCGGAUCAUUACAAUAUUCAUGCUCCAUUUCCGGCCGGAGUACGAACCUGGCUCAUCCAUAGAUUGAAUAUAGAGCCAUCAGACUGCCAAGACGCCCAAGCCCUCAUUACGUCCUAUCGAAAUCGACUACCUCCUCUCAGCAACAAAUUAGACGACAUAUUGGAUCCCACGUGCAAUGAUAAAUUGCUCCAAUCAUUGGCAUUUGAAAAGUUUCUCCUUCUGAAGGAUCCACACUGCCAUGGGGCCAUACACAAUGGCAAUUGAAUCAAUUCAUCGAAACUCCACACAAAACAAUUUUUCAUUCACACUUUUUUUUAAAAAGAACACGACGAAUCGAAGAAACUGUUGUCAAGUAAAAAACAAAUAAUCAACAAAAAUUUUUCUCAACUAUGAAUAAAUGGACGAAGACUACCAUAAUGCCUAUGUCUCAAUUGUACUGGGAAUUGUGCUUUUAUGGAUUUUUUUAUGACCCACCCA